UGGAUACAGUAGACUGCUUCAUUAACUGUAAACGGGAGCUUAUAGCUUUUUGUCGCGUCGCGUAUUUAGCAGUGUAGAUGGGUGCAAAGGGUUAACUGUGAUGUCAGUUGCAGAGGCAGGGUCUGCUACUCACUGCAAGCAGUUUCCACCCUGCUUUAAAUACAACGCCAACACAGACAGUCAGAGAACAGUGUGUGAAACGGUAGAGACAGAAUACAUGAGCGAAGAGCAGCGAACAAACAUCAACCGGUCCGGAUUCAGCAGCGUACGAAGAUCCACUAAGUGCAUUUGAAUGGCUGUCACAUCCUAACGCGUCUGCCGCAUCCCACAGUCAGACCAUGAACUACGUGGGUCAGUUGGCCGGUCAGGUUUUCGUGCAGGUGAAGGAGCUGUACAGAGGCCUGAACCCUGCCACCCUCUCCGGCUGUAUUGAUGUCAUUGUGGUGCGUCAGCCGGACGGCACUCUGCAGUGCUCGCCUUUUCACGUCCGUUUUGGCAAGAUGGGAGUACUGCGCUCACGGGAGAAAGUGGUUGACAUUGAGAUAAAUGGGGAGCCGGUCAGUUUACAAAUGAAACUGGGUGAAAAUGGAGAGGCAUUCUUUGUCAAAGAAACAGAAAGUGAUGAGGAGAUGGUGCCAUCCCACUUGGCUACAUCACCCAUAAUUUCAGAAGGCUCUGCCCUAAUGCAGGCCCAAGUGGGAAAAGGCUUGUCCCGUCUGUCUGAGUCUGGAAACGGAACCUCCAUUCAAACCCUGGGCCCCAUGCAGGCCCCUGGUGACAGUUCAAUAAUGAAGAAAAGGAGGAAGAGGAGGAGAAAAUCUAAAGUAGACAGCAUGAAACGAGAGGACAAUGGAGACUUUUCAGAAGAUGAGGACAUGUUUACCAUCGACAUGAGUUCUGAUGAUGACACAAAGGCUACAGGCAUCAGAGCCAUGUCACAUGAACCAUUUGCUGAGCAGGUGAAAGGAACUGGCAGCACGUACACACAGUCUGAAGGGAACUGGACUGGUGUUCAAAGUACAGGGCUGGAGAAGACAUGCCCUUUACCCAUUCCCACCAAUACGGGAUUAUCCAUUUCCUGCCCUCAACAAACAGCCAUGUUCCAGUCCACAUACAGUCCAAAUAGCUCCUUGCCUUCUACACCCAAAAGUGAUUCCGAGUUGCUGGCCAGUCAGAGGGGUAAAGGGAAACCGGACAACCCUGAGAUGCUGUGGACAUGGGGAGAGCUGCCUCAUGCUGCCAAGCCUUCAUUCCUGAUGCCCCUGUCAGAGCCCAUGGUGGUGACCCCAAGAUCAAUCCCACCAUCUGAAAGCACGCACUUCAGAGCCAUCACUGGGGAUGGAACGGUGGAGUCUCAGGCUAAUGAUGUGUAUGUGCCUAAUCUCAGGGCUGGAGAGGCAACAUCUGCCCCUGCUGUAGAUGUGGAGGCCAUCAGUGCAGCCGCCCAUCUUAUCACAGACCUGGAGGAGGGCCGUCACAGUCCUGGGGCUCAUGCCAUUAGCAAGACGGACUCUCCAUCCAAGAGAAAAGACAAAAGGAGCCGGCACUUGGGAUCAGAUGGAAUAUACCUGGAUGACAUCACAGAGUUGGAGCCUGAGGUGGCAGCCUUGUACUUUCCAAAGAGUGAUGGAGCAACUGCUGUGAGGGGUGGGGCAGAUCCGAGAAGUGCAAAUCAGUCCCCUCAGUCAGUGGGCAGCAGUGGAAUGGACAGUGGGGUGGACAGCUUUUCUGACCAGUUAGGAGACUUGCCUCAUAUUGCCAUCUCUCUAUGUGGAGGACUGUCAGAAAACAGAGAGAUCACUAAAGAGGAAUUCGAGGAACGAGCAAUAUCUUAUCAGGAGUUUGCAGAUAAUCCAUCUAUCAUUGAUGAUCCCAACCUGGUCGUAAAGAUUGGAACUAAGUAUUAUAACUGGACCACAGCCGCUCCUAUCGUACUGGCCGUGCAGGUUUUUCAGAAACCCUUGCCAAAGGCCACAGUUGAGAACAUCAUGAAGGAGAAGAUGCCCAAGAAAGGAGGACGCUGGUGGUUCUCAUGGCGGGGCAGAAACAACAGCUCCAAAUCGGAAUCAGCAUCAGACCAGAUUGAAGGUGGAGAGGAGUCUAUAAGAACAGGAACUGUGAGCAGAUUAAAGGAUGAAUCAUCAUCCAGUGAAGAUGACAGUGGAAGUGCUAAACAGAAUCCUGUGAGCAAUCAGCCUGAAGUUCUCCACAGCUCUGGAGGCCACUGCUACAGAAAGACUCUUCGUUUGUCCCCAGAACAGCUAGCCAGUCUGCACUUAAAAGAUGGACCCAAUGAUGUGGUCUUCAGCGUCACCACCCAGUACCAAGGCACCUGUCGCUGUGAGGGCACCAUUUAUCUGUGGAACUGGGAUGACAAGAUAGUGAUUUCAGAUAUUGAUGGCACCAUCACAAGGUCUGAUACCCUGGGACACAUAUUACCAACUCUGGGUAAAGACUGGACUCAUCAGGGUAUUGCCCGACUCUACCACAGAGUCAGCCAGAACGGCUACAAAUUUAUGUACUGUUCAGCUCGGGCUAUUGGCAUGGCUGACAUGACCCGGGGUUACCUGCACUGGGUUAAUGAAAGAGGCACUAUGCUACCCAUGGGACCUGUGCUGCUUAGUCCUAGUAGUCUGUUCUCUGCAUUUCACAGGGAGGUCAUUGAGAAGAAGCCAGAAAAGUUUAAAAUCGAAUGUCUGACCGAUAUUAAAAAUCUGUUCAAUCCAAACACAGAACCUUUCUAUGCUGCUUUUGGAAACAGGGCAACAGAUGUUUAUUCAUAUAAAGAGGUGGGAGUGCCUCUGAACAGAAUAUUCACUGUGAAUCCUAAGGGAGAGCUCAUCCAAGAACAUGCAAAGACCAACAUAUCAUCUUAUGGCCGUCUGUGUGAGGUCGUAGAUCAUGUCUUCCCUCUUCUGAUCAGAGGGAACACCACUGACUUCCCCUGUUCAGACACCUUCAGCCAGUUCACCUUCUGGAGAGAGCAGUUACCAGAGGUAGACAAGCAGGAUCAACAAGCUGAGAGCAGCUAAAAGGACAUAAAGCGAACAUCACCUACAAAUUCAGCUCUAACGCUGCACUGCCAUAGGUAUUACUCUACGCACAAGCCACUUAGCACUUUGCAGACCGCAUGCCGCCCUCUGCCUGUUCCUUCAUUAUUAUUUUACUCUUUUAACAAACAUUUAACAUUUCUUUGUGUUUUAAUGUUUUGUUUAACUGCCAAUAGGCUGAAUCUGGUAGCAUAUCAUGCAGCUCAUAUUAGGGAAUUUUUUUUGUUUGUUUGUUCAUUUAUGAUGGUACAGUUAUUUUAAAGUGGCAAAUGCGUUAUUCAUAACCAACAUGGCAAUUACAUUAUGCUGUUAAUUUUUUUUCCAUUGGCUUUGUCUAAGGGUGUAAAGAUGUAUGAGGGAAUACAAUUAUUUUAGUACAUAGUAUAAAAAUGUUUUUGAACAUUUGUCAUAAAACAUUCAGAGAGAAAUGUAAAAGUUUCAUAAAAAUAAAAAACAAUAAUAAAUAAACUCAGAUGUAGGUCUAAAGCCAGCUAGUAUAUCUCAGGUGUUACAGAAUUUUCACAAGGUAUUCUUUUGAAACUUAAAGUGACCUUUCAUAACAACAACAACAAAAAUCAACUAUGUUGGUUUUUGCAUUUUCUUUGACAUCUAAAUUACUUUAUGACUCCAUUUCCUUAAGAACAAAACAACAAAUGCAAGUGAUUAUUACUUAAUUUUCAUCUUGGAUAACUUCUUACCACAUACACACUUUACAUUUUGCCAAAUGUUUAUUAUUGUAUGAUAAAUUUGCAUUCCUUAUUAUUUGUGUGUAUUUUAUGUAAAGUACAUAUCUCUGACCAGCAGAAAUGAAUCAUGCAAAAAUUGAUUUUGUCAUAUGUCAUACCCGUUCGCAUGUAAAAAAAAAACAAAAAAAAAAAACAUAAACUACACAAAAGCAAACAUCAAUGCAAAGAACACUCAGGUCAUGAAGUAUUUCUUACCUGUAUUAAUUCCUUCCUAUUAAUAUCAUAUUUAAUACAUCUUAAUCAUUUUUAUAAAAUAUAAUUACACACACCUGAGAGAAAAAAAAACAUUUUAGCUUAUUUCAAUAAUAAAAAAAAAACCCAGAUUCAUGGUGCAUCCUAUUAUCUUAUGUUAUUUUUUUUUUUAAAUAAUCUUUAUAUUCUACCAACACCUCUACCCAAUUGUAUGUAUUGUUUCAGUCUUAUUAAAGGAUGAAAUGGAUUGUGUGUUAUGAAAGCACUGUACAAUAGAAUAUAUUAUAUGUCUCUAGUGAAAGAAUAAGGGUUUUGUGUAAUACGUAAAUGGACAGCAAGCUCUUGCUAGUUGUUGCUCCAGCUUUUAUUUAACAUAAGUGUAUGGAUAAUCUGUGGUUUUCCAAGGUUAUCAAGGAGCACAUUAAAUAAGCACUGAUGUGAUGCAUGAAUGAUAAGGGGGCUUUAGGGACUGGUUUAAAAGAACUGUGUAUUUUAACGUAAAUCAUUGUUCUUGUUCUGCAAAGAAAAAUAGAGUAAAUGAUAGAGAUGUGUGCAACAUGAAAAUGCAAUUUGUACUGAUCUCUAAUUGGUUCAGUUGGCGAUACAGACUAAUGACAGAUGACUGCUACAAACUUCAACACUGUGAAUGAUCAGGUCAAAAAUCCGUUCUCUCUACAUGUCUUACAAUAUUUAAAUUCAGUUCAUUGAAAUUUCUUAUUCUAAACAAAAAAUUGCUGAAUAAUAUAAGACUGUGGUUCCCAUCUCAUGUUUCCUGCUCAUAUGAAUAGUAACAGCCAUAACAUUCAUUUACAAGUUUUUUUUCUCUCUGUGGAGUUUUAUAUUCUUUCUGUGAAAGAUCUUGUUGCCUAAGUUGUGGCAGUUGAGUUUGUGUGUCAUUAUGUUCAGUGUUGAGAUGUGAAACUACUGUUGUGUGUAUAUUUUAAGAUGCCAAAUAUCAAUAUGUAAAUUAAAAUCCCACUACAUGAAUCCAAAAA